AUGGCCAAAGUGUCCCUGGUGACUCAGCCACCAUCUCCAGCUGCUCCUCCUCCUUGUGACCAGGACAAGUUUGUGGAAGGGGACCAGCAAAGGCCAGACAAUCGCCAAGAGCUGGUGAACCUCCAGUGCCGUGUCCUCAUCCUCAUGGCUCACCUGAAGAUGAAGUGUCAGUGCAGGCCAGCAGACUGCAUAAAGAUUCUGGAUGAAAGAGGAGCCCUGGUGAACCUGAGCAAAGUGGAAAAUCCUGCAUCUGAAUUCAGCAGUAAAUACCUACGGGAGAGGGAGAGCUACAUCCUGCUCAGAGUCCUGCAAGGAGAAAGCCCUGAAGCCACCUGCUAUGAAUCCUUGCUAGACAACCUGGGGAAACACUAUCCUGACCUAGCAGGCCGGCUGCAGCAGCUCUCAGCAAACACCCCGACAAGAGACCAGCAGAGAACAGGCCCCUUGCAGAGGAGGGCUCAGCCCCUCACUGGCACCCCAGCCAGGCCCACCUCACAGAGCAAGAAGAGCUCAGAGCUCAAGAACACUUCUAAAUGA